AUGGACCACAGUCCUAAAUACCUGGGGAUGCGCGGAGCGCGCCUCAAGGUCGCUAUGGUGCUGCUUGUUGUUGCGCCAAGUUUUCUUCUGUUUGGAUACAACAAUGGUUCAACAGGAGGAAUUCUCACACUCGAGAGCUUUGUGCAUCAAUUCCCGAAACUCGACACUGUCAAUACGAAAGGCAGUGUCAAAGCUCACAAUUCGUUGGUGAAAGGCGCCGUCACAGCAGCAUAUGACUUAGGAGCCGUUUUCGGAUCUCUGAGCUGUAUUAUGUACAGUGACAAGAUUGGUCGAAUUCGCACGAUUCUUGCAGGCUUGAUACUAGCUAUCAUCGCUCUGGCUAUUGAGUCCUCGGCAUAUACGGUCGCUCAAUUCACCAUCGGUCGAGUCCUCGUCGGUUGGGCCAUCGGAACCAUCUCAGCAUCUGUUCCUGUGUGGCAGACAGAGUGUUCGACUACCAAGCAUCGAGGAGCUUUCGUCAUCUUGGAAGGUCUCUGCAUCAGCGCUGGUAUCACGACCUCUGAAUGGGUGACUUAUGCAUUCACAUUUGCCUUCUCUUCCUCCGCGGAAUGGCGAGUCCCGCUCGUUCUCCCGGUUGUAUUUGCUCUGUUCGUAAUGCCGUUCUUGUUUUUCAUGCCUGAAUCGCCGCGCUGGCUCUGCCAAGGACGUCUCGAGGAAGCGAGAAGAACACUUGCCGCUCUGGCAGACGAGGAUCUGUACUCUCUCGACGUCAGUGCAGAAAUGGAUCGUAUUCAGCUAUCGUUGGAGAGCUCGAGGGGAAGCUUGAAACUGCUGCUCACAAACGGCAAAGAACGCUACUUGCACCGGACCAUUUUGGCCAUGACAGAUCUCGGAUUCAAGGCUAACAAGUCCCGCAUCUUGAGCUGCACCUUGGUCACCGCCCAAACAUGCUGUUCUCUCAUCCCACUCUUCACCGUCGAUCGCUUUGGGCGGAGAAAACUCCUCAUGUUCAGCGCUGCUGGCCUCGCUGUAUGUAUGGCUGUGAUGGCAGGCACAGGUGGCUCGUCUACAACCGCGAGUGCUGCCGUUGUAUUCAUAUACCUAUACGACUUUUUCUACCCAAUCGGCUUCCUCGGCUUGACAUUCCUGUACGCCACAGAAAUUGCUCCCAUCCGCAUGCGAGUACCCAUUACAGCCAUAGCCAACGCCACGCAAUGGCUGUGUCAAUUCGUCGUUGGCCAGAUCUCUCCUCCCGGGACGACUAAUCUGUCCAACCGCUACUGGAUCAUAUUUGCCGUCUUGAACGUCAGCUUCGUACCGAUCGUGUUCUUCUUCUUCCCGGAGACAAAUGGCAGAUCCCUUGAAGAAAUUGAUCACAUCUUCGAAAAUUCUCACGUUUUCAAUGUCGUGAGUACUGCGCGGAAGUUGCCUUACCAGACGAACCAAGAUCUAGAAGAUAUGCUGCACGAUAAGGCAGGUCAGGAGCAGCCGAAGCACGUCGAAGACACAGACACCGACAAGGAAGGUGGAAAGAUGUCAAAAGCGUGA